AUGGAUGUUUUAGCAACUGUGUUAAACUACACCUGGUUGAAAUAUGCGGUCUUACCCCUGUGGAUUCUGCUGAUGAUCUUACUCCUGCACAGGGAUCUAAGCCGUUGGGAUGGACUGAUGGGACCUCUUUCUCAUCUGGGACUGGGAGAAAACGGAACUGCCUCGUAUUUAAGUGUACCAUCUUCGGAACUCGUUGCGUAUACGCAGGGUUGGCAGCGAUUUGCUUAUAAUGCUUGGUUGGCGGAGAAAAUACCUCUGAGGCGUUCACUGCCGGACUUUCGAAAUUCCCGUUGCCUGAAUUUCAGCUACGAUGAAGACUCCGACGAAAUGAGACCAGCCAGCAUAAUUUUGAUCUUCCGGAACGAGCAACUCGUAGUUCUGCUGAGAACAUUACACAGUUUGGUGGACAGGACUCCUAAGCAUCUAUAUGCUGAGCUUAUUCUAGUGGACGAUCAUAGUGACACGGACUUCUGGGAUGAACCGUUGUCGGUCACCUUUUUCGACACCUAUGUGCGCAGAUAUAUCUACCCAAAAGCACGAAUAUUACACCUACAGAAACCAGUGGGCUUGAUCAAAGCUCGCAUUUUGGCUUGCAACGAAGCCAAGGCGGACAAUCUGGUUUUCGUGGAUGCCCAGGUAGAGGUCACCAAAGGCUGGUUAAGUCCAUUACUUAGCACGAUUUCGGAGCAAAGUUUGACCCUGGCCACUCCCGUUUUGGACAAACUUGAUGAGCAAACUUUGGCCUACCAUCGAUCUAUAGAGAGGCGUGGAGUUUACGACUGGAGUUUGAGACGACGAGAAGUUCCGCUUUCGAAGGCAAGAAGGAUACUCCUUCCCAAUCCUUAUGAAGUGGCUGCCGUACGGACUUCCGUGUUUGCCAUUCGAGCUCUUUGGUUUCAGGAUCUGUCGAAUUUCGAUAAGGAACUACAAGGUUUUGGCGGCGCUGAGCUGGAACUUAGUUUUAAAGUCUGGCGAAGUGGUGGACGCAUAGUUCAAGUUCCCUGCUCUAGAGUAGGUCACUUGGAGCCCAAGGAUUUAAGCUAUCUAAAGCGAUAUGGUGACCUCGGCAAAAUGGGUCAGCAAGUCUCAAGGAACCUCAAACGCAUUGUGGAGCUGUGGAUAGAUAACCCUGUUCUUAAAUCAGAAGUCUAUAAAUACCAGCCCCAUUUGAAUGUUUCUGAGGGCGAUUUAAGUGAAUCUCGGAAAUUAUACCAACAAUACGACUGCCAAUCCUUUCAGUCGUUUGUUAGCGAAGUUAUGCCGGAACUAAAACAGAUAAAACCCAAAGAUCGUUCGGAUUAUGCCACAGGAUUUGUAAAAUCUCUCGAAUUUCCUAAAAGCUGUCUGUCAGUUAAUGCAGGAAGUAAACUUAUCACUCUGGAGCCAUGCAGUGCAAAUAAUACUCUAAAGAACUGGACACUUACCUACAUCAAUGAUCUCCGAGUGGGCGAAAAUAUUUGUGCAGAAGUGCAACUCGAUUUUAAAUUGGGAUACGAUUUCUGCCACAGUCUUGGAGGCCGACAGAGUUGGCACUAUGAUGCGGUCAAUAAUCAUCUGGUGAGCAAUACGAGGUGUCUUGAAUUGGGAGGUAAACUAAACAUUUUCCUUAGCCUUUGCAACAAAGCAAACAGAAAACAGAGGUGGUUACUUGAUAAUCAAAAUCCAAGUGUCAUGCUAUCAGAAAAUACUUUGGGCUGGAUUUAUUAA